AUGCCUUGGACAAGAGCUGUCUGUGGUCUCUUCCUGGUCUUGUUUUCUACCCACAUAGCAGCCGUAUCGAUUAGGCAUCUUGUGAAUGGACACGACCAUGAUGCAGAUGGUGAACAGAAGGAUAUUUCAGAGAUCAAUUUAGCUGCAGGCCUGGAUCUCUUUCAAGGGGACAUCCUCCUGCCGAGAACCAGAAAUGCCCUGAAAGACCCGACAAGCAGAUGGAAGUUCCCCAUUCCCUACAUUCUGGCUGACAACCUGGAUCUGAAUGCCAAAGGAGCCAUCCUCAAUGCCUUUGAGAUGUUCCGCCUCAAGUCCUGCGUGGACUUCAAGCCCUAUGAAGGAGAGAGCUCGUACAUCAUCUUCCAGAAAUUUUCUGGGUGCUGGUCUAUGGUUGGUGAUCAACAGGUGGGACAGAACCUUUCUAUUGGCUCGGGCUGUGACUAUAAGGCCAUCAUCGAACAUGAGCUCCUACACGCUCUGGGAUUUUACCACGAGCAGUCAAGGACUGACCGGGAUGACUAUGUGAUCAUCCAUUGGGAUGAGAUUCUUCCAGACUAUGAGCACAACUUCAACACUUACGAUGACAACACCAUCACAGACCUCAACACACCCUAUGAUUACGAGUCCGUGAUGCACUAUGCACCGUUUUCAUUUAACAAGAAUGAAAGCAUCCCGACCAUCACCACCAAGAUCCCCGAGUUUAACGGCAUCAUUGGACAGCGCCUGGAUUUCAGUGCCAUUGACUUAGAGAGGCUGAAUCGAAUGUACAAUUGCACUGCAACUCAUACCCUGCUGGACCACUGUGCCUUUGAGAAGACAAACAUCUGUGGAAUGAUCCAGGGGACCAGAGAUGACGAUGACUGGGUCCAUGAGGACAGCAGUCGGCCUGGACAGGUGGACCACACCUUGGUGGGACAGUGCAAAGGUGCCGGUUACUUCAUGUACUUCAAUACCAGCUCGGGGGUGACAGACGAGGUAGCCCUUCUGGAGUCGCGGAUCCUUUACCCCAAGAGGAAGCAGCAGUGCCUGCAGUUUUUUUAUAAGAUGACAGGAAGCCCCGCAGACAAACUCAGCAUCUGGGUGAGAAGGGAUGACGGCACGGGCAACGUGCGCAAGCUGGUGAAGAUACAGACCUUUCAAGGAGAGUCUGACCACAGCUGGAAAAUCGCUCAUGUGACACUCACAGAAGAAAAGAAAUUUCGCUACCUUUUCCAGGGCACCAAAGGUGACCCUAUGAACUCAGCUGGGGGUAUUUUCCUAGAUGACGUCACUCUGACAGAAACCCCCUGCCCGACUGGAGUUUGGACCAUACGGAACAUCUCCCAGCUCCUUGCAGACACAGUGCAAGGGGAGAGGCUCUUGAGCCCUAGGUUCUACAAUUCUGAAGGCUACGGUAUAGGGGUGACCAUGUACCCCAAUGGUAGAGUCACCAGUAAUCCUGGCUAUCUGGGACUCUCUUUCCACUUGUACAGUGGGGAGAACGAUGCAAUUCUGGAAUGGCCAGUGGAAAAUAGACAGGCCAUAAUGACCAUCCUGGACCAGGACCCUGACGUCAGAAACAGGAUGUCCUUAAGUUUGAUGUUCACUACCUCCAGGUCCCAAACAGCUGCAGCUAUAAAUGGCUCUGUCAUCUGGGACAGGCCAUCCAAGGUAGGAGUCUAUGAUGACAACUGUAAGUGUUAUAGAAGCAUUGACUGGGGCUGGGGCCAGGCCAUCUCCCACCAGCUGCUGAGGAGGAGACACUUCCUUAAGGACGACACCCUCAUCAUCUUCGUAGACUUUGAAGAUCUCACCCACCUGAGUCAGACUGAAGUUCCAGUUCGAGCCCAAAGUGUCGUCUCCCGAGGCCUCCUUCUCCAAGGUCAGGAGCCUCCUGUCUUGAGAGAAAGCUCUGAAAGAGCCAUGUUGGAGAAAGCCCUGCCAAGCAGCCUGGACCAGGGACAACCCAGCCGACAGAAGCGUUCAGUGAAGAAUACUGGCCCCAUGGAGGAUCACAACUGGCCGCAGUACUUCAGAGACCCCUGUGACCCAAACCCGUGCCAGAAUGAAGGCGUCUGCGUGAACGUGAAAGGCAUGGCCAGCUGCAGGUGCGUCUCUGGACAUGCCUUUUUCUACACGGGCGAGCGCUGUCAGGCUAUGCAAGUACAUGGCAGCGUGCUGGGCCUGGUCAUUGGUGGCAUCACUGGCUUGAUCUUCGUGACCUUUUUCACCUUUACCAACACGUACCAAAAGCUGAUACAGUGA